GUGGAUACUGUAAAGGUGGUUACACAAUAAUCAACGUGACACACUGGCGUGCUCAAGCCCCGGAAUGCCGUCGUCGGCGCUACAACCCUGUCCGCAACGGCUGUGGGGCGGCCCUAGCUUGGACGCCGAGCGGAAGCCCCGACCUUUUUCGUCGUCCGACCCGUCAGUCCCGGCUUCCUUUCGGGUCAACAACCCCCGACAAGCAAAGAACAAAACCCACCCGACAAACCCGGCAUGCGGUCCAAAUAGCUGUCCAACCGAAUCCGACACCAUUGACUACAUACACACCGACCAAAGCCAUGUCGCGGCUUGCGGGCAGAAUGCCCAAAGGCCUGGGGCAGACCUUGACGGCUUCGGCUGCCGCCGCAGCUCGCCGGCCAACAUGCCUCGCCCUGCGCACCGCGCCGGCGCGCUACUCUUCCACAGGGAACAAUCAGCCCCGAUCGAGCGGGCCUUCGUUCAAGGGCCAAUUGACAACAAGUAUCAUGCAGCGUCUCGCGCGCGAGAGAGCCGAUCUCGAGCGCCUGGCGAGGACGCGGCCGCAGUCCACCUUGGCGCGGAACUUUAGCAUCACCUUCAUGCUCUUCUUCGUCGGCGCUUCUUGUUGGUUCAUGGGCUACAAGUACCCGCGCGAUGUCGACCCCGACUCAACCCUGCCGCUGAACGCCACACGACCGCCGACGUACAGGCUCAAUCCCGCCCAUCUCGAGGCCGCCUGGGCCGACUUCGCCGAGAUUGUUGGCCGGGAGAACGUCAGCACGCUGGAGGACGACAUCAAGCAGCACGCGACGUCGGAGUGGUCGUCCCACCAGUCCGACCCGGCCCACAAGCCCUUCUGCGUCGUCUACCCCUCCACGACCGAACAGGUGGCCGCCAUCAUGAAGGUGUGCCACACCCGGCGGAUUCCCGUGGUCGGCUACAGCGGCGGCACCAGCCUCGAGGGCCACUACACGCCGACGCGCGGCGGCAUCUGCGUCGACUUCAGCCGCAUGAACAAGGUGCUCGCCCUGCACAAGGACGACCUCGACGUGGUGGUGCAGCCGGGCGUGGGGUGGGAGGACCUCAACGAGCAGCUGGCGGCGCACAACCUCUUCUUCCCGCCGGACCCGGGCCCGGGCGCCCAGAUCGGCGGCAUGAUCGGCACCGGCUGCAGCGGCACCAACGCCUACCGCUACGGCACCAUGCGCGAGUGGGUGCUGUCGCUGACGGUCGUGCUGGCCGAUGGCACCGUCAUCAAGACGCGCCAGCGCCCGCGCAAGAGCUCCGCCGGCUACGAUCUCACCCGCCUGUUCGUCGGGUCCGAGGGUACGCUGGGCCUGGUCACCGAGGCGACGCUCAAGCUGUGCGUCAAGCCGGCCGCCACGUCGGUCGCCGUGGCGAGCUUCCCGUCGGUCCGCAGCGCCGCCGACUGCGUGGGGCGGGUGGUCGCCGACGGCAUCCCCGUCGCGGCCGUCGAGCUGCUCGACGACGACCAGAUGCGCUUCAUCAACGGCGCGGGCAGCACGUCGCGCAAGUGGCGCGAGGCGCCGACCAUCUUCUUCAAGUUCACCGGCACGGCCAGCGGCGUCAAGGAGCAGAUCGAGAUCGUGCGGCAGCUGGCCAAGCGGGCGGGCGGGCAGUCGUUUGAGUUCGCCAAGGACGAGGCCGAGCAGGGCGAGCUGUGGUCGGCGCGGAAGGAGGCGCUGUGGAGCACCAUGUCGCAGAGGAGACCCGGCGACCAUGUCUGGACGGGCGAUGUGGCGGUGCCGAUGAGCAGGCUGCCGGAUAUCAUUGAGGAGACCAAGAAGGACCUCAAGUUGUCCGGGCUGACGAGCUCGAUUGUGGGCCAUGUGGGCGAUGGGAAUUUCCAUAUCAUCCUCCUCUACAACGACACCGAGAGGAAGCUGGCCGAGGACUGCGUCCACCGCAUGGUGAAGCGCGCUGUGGAGAUGGAGGGCACCGUCACGGGUGAGCACGGAGUCGGCCUCGUCAAGCGCGAUUACCUGCCCCAUGAGCUGGGCGAGACCACGGUGGAUGCCAUGAGGAAGAUCAAAGCUGCCUUCGACCCGCUCUGCCUCCUCAACGCAGACAAGGUGGUGCGCGUGCAGAAGCCUAAGCGCGGGGAGGUCGCUGAGUGGUGAUGGACCAAUCUUGUAAAAGAAAAUGUAAAAGUUCUACAGAUCUAACGCUACAUUGAACUGUCAACUCAGUACAAAUAAGCAGUCCUUA